ACAUGCAUAUAAACACACACACACAUAAACACACACACACACAUAUAAACACAUGAACACCAAAUAACAAAAGUUAAUGGCAUAAUGAAAGAUAAAUAUCAAGCAUCUACAGUAUAUAAUGUUUCACUGUGUGUUGUGUGUCAGGUGUGAUGUUGUGAUGGACUCAGAGUGGAUCUCCUCAGGUGUGCGGGUCGCCCGUGUUGUCGUACCUGAUCUCCAGAUAAAACUCAUCACACUGUUGGUGCUGUUCUGUGCCAGUCUGCUGUGUGGCUUCAGUCCGCUCUGGGUCAUGAGACGGGCAGCACACUGCAGUGCUGAUCCAGGGACUCGGCACAGAGUGUUGAGUUUGAUGUUCUGCUUUGCUAGAGGGGUUUUUCUAGCCACCUGUCUGCUGAAUCUGCUCCCAGAAAACCUGCAGGACAUGAGAGAGACAUUCAGUCAUCUCGGGGUCACACUUCGUUUCCCGCUGCCCGAGUUCGUCCUGGCCAUGGGUUUCCUCAUCGUCUUUGUGGCGGAACAAAUGCUGUUGGCUUUCACCGACCAGUCGUGUGAUCUCUCGUAUGAAAAGCAAACACUGCUGGACUGCAACAUCCGUGAAAGAGAAACUUCCAAACAUUCUCCAGGUUUCUCCAGGAAACGGCUUUCAUGGAUGGAGGCACCCCAUUGGCCAGAGAGCGUGAGGUCACAUGUAGGCCUGCGUGCGUUUCUGCUGGUGUUCUGUCUGUGUCUGCGUGCUGUCUGCGAGGGCGUGUCUGCGGGACAACAGCAGGACCGUGGGAGACUCCUGGAGAUGUGUUUGAUGUUGCUCCUUCAUCAGGGAAUCAUCGCCGUCAGUCUAGCGUUCACGCUGACUCAUCAUCAUCUGCGUCGGACUGUGGUGACGGGCUGUCUGCUUCUCUUCUCCGUCACCUGUCCGGCCGGGAUCGGGCUCGGCGUCAGUCUGGCAGAGAUGGAUGCGGGUCCUGAGGUGCAGCUCGUUCGCUCCACUGUGGAGGGUCUGACGUCAGGCGUCUUCAUCAAUGUCAGUGUGAUGGGUUUCAUGCACGAUCAGGCGGACUCUCCGAAGCAUCGCAUCCAUAAAGUAGCAGCUCUCCUCACUGGCUUUGCACUCGUUACUGCGGUUCUGUUCAUUAAAGUCUGAAGUGGAGGAGUACAUGAAUGUUCCAGGUUACAACGCUGUUAUGAUGAUGACCACAGAAACUAUUUUUCAUUCAUCUUAAUGUCCUCUGCUUGUCAAGUAAACGGAACUUGUUUUUAAGAAUAUUUAGAUAUUUUUUACUGGAAUACAAGACAAAAAUAUUAAUUACGAAUUAGUUUUUUUUUUGCAGUUUAUACAUGUUAACAUGAUUUAAGUGCACGUAAUAAAACCCGUUACACACGAUUUUGUGAUAAUAAUCACUUGUAGGAUGUGCUUGAGUUGAGUCGUCAUGGCAACAAGUCGGGUCUGGUAUCUCAACGAGUAUUGACGCUGACUAUCACCGCUGGAGUCGUGAGUUUGAAUCCAGGGCGUGCCGAGUGACUCCAGCCAGGUCUCCUUAGCAAACAAAUUGGCCCGGUUGCUAGGGAGGGUAGAGUCACAUGGGGUAACCAAAUUGGCCCGGUUGGUAGGGAGGGUAGAGUCACAUGGGGUAACCAAAUUGGCCCGGUUGCUAGGGAGGGUAGAGUCACAUGGGGUAACCAAAUUGGCCUGGUUGCUAGGGAGGGUAGAGUCACAUGGGGUAACCAAAUUGGCCUGGUUGCUAGGGAGGGUAGAGUCACAUGGGGUAACCAAAUUGGCCUGGUUGCUAGGGAGGGUAGAGUCACAUGGGGUAACCAAAUUGGCCCGGUUGCUAGGGAGGGUAGAGUCACAUGGGGUAACCAAAUUGGCCCAGUUGCUAGGGAGGGUAGAGUCACAUGGGGUAACGCGCUCAACAAGUCACGUGAUGAGAUGCGCGGAUUGACGGAUUCAGAUGUGGAGGCAACUAAGAUUCGUCCUCCGCCACCCGGAUUGAGGCGAGUCACUACGCCACCACGAGGACUUGGAGCGCAUUGGGAAUUGGGCGUUCCAGAUUGGGAUAAAAUGAAAAAUCAUGUAGACACUCAGACUUUGCGUCUUGUGACUGUACUAUUUUAACGUUUACAGAUUGGUCCCAUUGACUUCCAUUGUAAGUGACUUACUACAACCGUGAUUGUUUGCUUAUUUGAAUGAAAACCCAUUUUUGUGGUGAUCAACAUCACGUCACAAAUGCUGUCAAUUGUGCUGAACUUGUUCUAAACCUGAAACAUUCCUUUUAAAUCUCUGGACAACAUGAAAUAGUGCCUUAUUGCUUUUAGAGAACUGCAUAUGGAUCAUGUGUCUAUUACAUCACAUAUCAUUUUUAAAGCUCUGAGUGUGCAGUGAUACACACAUUAACAGGGGAAAGUGUUUUGUGUCAAUACUGUAAUAUUGUGUCUUUAUCACAUGACCACAAAUACACAACUGAAUGUUGCACAAAGAUCUCCUCACAGAUAGUUUCUGCAUAUUUGACUUUAUAUGAAUCAAGAAACUUCCAUGAUACAAUCUCGCAGGUAAAGGUGUGUUAGCCAGAGCUCAGAGCUGCUCUCUGCUGGUUAAUAUCUGAACUUUGACCUUCAUGUGUCAAUCAGCUUCAGUCAGUCACUUAUAAUGCUGUUUAUGUUUGUUCAAAAUUACAUUUAAAAUGUUUACUAAAGUAUUCCAGAAUGAACUCAACACAGGAGAUAAUCAUGAGAUGUCAGAGUUUGAUUGAUAUUUUGUAACAUUUUACUGCAGUAUUCACCAGACAGAUAUAUAUACAUUGCGCUACUAUGUUAUUACAUAUGUUAUUACUACAGUAUUACACAGUAAGUCAAGCUCUUGACAUUGUACAUGUAUAAGAGAUUAUUGUUGUACUUCACGAGGCCGUCUGUAAUACUGGAGUGAGUUAUGAGCAGUACAAAUCUUGUUUUGUGUUCUGUAUCUUUAAUACUUCAUCUUUAGAUCAAUAGAUAUACUGUAGCUGUUCUUACAGAGUCACAGAUGUCACAUGAGUAUUAUUAUUAUUAUUUGUCAUGAGAGCUGCUCUCCUUUUUCUUUUGAUUUCUUCUUCAUAUAUAUUCUGCCUGACUGAUUUGUCUGUAGGUUUGCCAGGUCAAUAAAUAAUAGAAAAUACUGUA